AAAAAGACUACAACACGGAAGUAGUACUGUAGACGACUUUAUUUUCCAUUGCUUAUGUGGAGAAAAUAAGACCCACUGGCUGAGCAGAAUAGGCUGCACAACUAUAAUUCGACUAAACAUGUCUAAACUACAGUUGUUGCAUGUGUUUUUAAAUGAGCGUUUAACGGCGGCUGUUGUGGAGAUUGUCGGGGCAGUUGAGAAAACGGUGGCGGAGUACCAGGAGGAGAAUGAUCGGCUACGGAGAAUGCUGCGGAUCACACAGGAGAUAAAACUAUGUAAAAUAGGCUCCCUGCCUCUCUCUCUUGCUGUCGCUGAAGAGGAGGAUCCACCUGAGCAGCAGCACUGUGAGCAAGAGUGGAAUCCCAGUCUGGUGCAGGAGGACCCAAAGCCCACACAGAUUAUAGAGGAAGAGCCGAUUCAAGGGCUGGAGCCUGAUAUCAUAGAGUUCAAAUUCACUCCUUCCUGUGUGAAAAGUGAAUGUGAUCAGGAGGACCCACUUUGGUCCUUGACUCUUCCUAAAACCCAGAUUGUGGAGCACGUAGAUAUUGACUCUAAACGAGUGGAUCCUGAACCUUUUGCCACUGUGACCCACCUGAAGGGUUUCGACAUUUCCUGUGACCCUCCAGAUAAUCAAAACAAUGCCUCUAUCCACAGCUCAGCCAUAAGCAGCAACCCAGUAGGACUUGACAGCAGCCCACCAUUGGAUCCCAGCCCAACAUUGGCUCCGACCCCACCAAUGGGGAAACCCUGCAACUACCCCUUUUAUGGCAAGACAUUCAAACAAAAAGGAAAUCUGUCCAUGCACAUGCGUAUUCACACAGGAGAGAUGCCAUUUAGCUGUGGUGACUGUGGGAAGUGCUUCAUUCAGAAGGGUGACUUAAGAAGACAUAUACUGACUCACACAGGAGAGAAACCAUUUAGCUGUAAUUUUUGCAGUAAAAGUUUCAAUCAGAAGGGGGACCUAAGGAGGCAUAUACUGACUCACACAGGAGAGAAACCGUUUAGCUGUGGCGACUGUGGGAAAAGCUUCAGUCAGAAGGGGGACCUAAGGAGGCAUAUACUGACUCACACAGGAGAGAAACCAUUUAGCUGUGGUGACUGUGGGAAAAGCUUCCGUCUCAAGGGGAACCUAACCACUCAUACACUCACUCACAAAGGAGUGAAACAACAUGGCUGUGCAGUCUGUGGUUUAAGAUUCACUCACAAGGCUUAUCUGCUGAAGCAUGUGCAUAAAGUCCAUAAAGAAAGAAAACAGGAUGAAAACUGAAAGGAAAGAUAAUUAGGACAAAGACAUCUGUCAAGAUGGGAAUUAAAAAAAACAGGAUGUGUAUAACACUCCUAGGAAAGCAAAGCAACUCUGGAUCAUUCAUGGUCUGCGUUACAGAUAGAUAGAUGUGAGAUUCAUUUACUUUUGUAAAGCCUGUGUAAAUAAAGUUUGAUAUGAUUUGAAUGGUGAGGUAAUGAUCAAACAGUAGUACACUGUAUAAUGGGAAUCUUACAGAUCUGAGGGGUAUGCUAAUCAAAUCAAAUAUAUUUAGAAAGCUGUUUUAUCAGCAGAUGUCAAAGUGCUAUACAGAAACCCAGCCUAAAACCCCAAACAGCAAGCAACGCAGAUGUAGAAGCACGGUGGCUAGUAUACCCCUUUGCAGUACAAACAACAACAAAGUGGACACCCCGACGCUUUUUCGGUAAACAGCUGAGGGAGAAAGAAAUGUAAAAACACUCAAAUUCAGACAGGUCUACGGAUGGAAGGACUGGCCACUCAUGAGAUCAAAAUGAUAUUUUUAACCAUCUUUUGAGGCUAUAUAGUGUUUGUUUACAAUUACAUUGUUUGCAAAUAAUGGAGUAAAACAAGAUUUUAGGUUCUGAUGUUUUGUGAUCUGAUGAGGUGACUGUUGAACUGAGCUCAUGAGGCAUUUAUAAGUUAUAUACACUAUAUGACCAAAAGUAUGUGGACACCUGCUUGUUGAACAUCUCAUUCCAAAAUCAUGGUCAUUAAUAUGGAGUUGGUCCCCCCUUUGCUGCUAUAACAGCCUCCACUCCUCUGGAAAGGCUUUCCACUAGAUGUUGGAACAUUGCUGUGAGGACUUGCUUCCAUUCAGCCACAAGAGCAUUAGUGAGGUCGGGCACUGAUGUUGGGCGAUUAGGCCUGGGUCGCAGUCGGCACCCCAAUUCAUCCCAAAGGUGUUUGAUGAGGUUGAGGUCAGGGCUCUGCAGCCCAGUCAAAUUAUCCCACACCGAUCUCGACAAACCAUUUCUGUAUGGACCUCGCUUUGUGCAUGGGGGCAUUGUCAUACUGAAACAAGAAAGGGCCUUCCCCGAACUGUUGCCACGAAUCUGGAGGCACAGAAUCGUCUAGAAUAUAAUUUCAUUCUGUAACGUCAUGAUUUCCCUUCACUGGAACUAAGGGCCCCCUAGCCUGAACCAUGAAAAACAGCUCCAGACCAUUAUUCCUCCUCCGCCAAACUUUACAGUUGGCACUAUGCAUUGGGACAGCUAGCGUUCUCCUGGCAUCCGCCAAACCCAGAUUUGUCCGCCAGACUGCCAGAUGUGACGCAUGAAUCAUCACUCCAGAGAACACGUUUCCACUGCUCCAGAGUCCAAUGGCGGUGAGUUUCACACCACUCCAGCUGACGCUUGGCUUUUUUUGUUCAAGCCCUCAAGAACUGUUGUCUGCUGAAGGUGAUAAUCUGUUUGCAUCUGCCAAUUUAUUGGCUGUCCAGUAUCCAGACGACCUGUCCCCGGAGCUUCAUAUACACCUAAUCUCUUUCCAGAACGUAUUGAGACCAGCAAUUAAGGAGGAUGAGUGGCUCAAUUAAAGAUGUUACAGAACUGCUGUAACUCCCUUCUGCACAGUUUCCCUGAUGUUGCUACCACUAUCAAGCUGUUUUUCAGUGGUGGAAAAAGUACUCAGUCAUACUUGAGGAAAAGUGAAAGUCACCUAGUAAAAUACUACUUCAGUAAAAGUCUAAAAGUAUUUGGUUUUAAAUAUACUUAAGGAUCAAAUGUAAAUGGAUUUGUUGAAAUGUACUUAAGUACCAAAAGUAAAAACCAUUUGAAAUUCCUUAUAUUAAGCAAACCAGAGGGCACAAUUUAUUUGACUUUUUAAUUUUUAUUGAAAGACAGCCAGAGGCACACUCCCAACACAUUUAUAAACGAAACAUUUGUGUUUAGUGAGUCCGCCAGAUUAGAGGCAGUAGGGUUGACCAGGGAUGUUCUCUUUAUAAGUGUGAAUUGGACUAUUUUCCAGACAAAAUGUAGGAGUAGGUGUCAUGGAAAAUGUAUGGAGUAAACAGUACAUUCUUUUCUUUAGGAAUGUAGUGAAGUAAAAGUUGGCAAAAAAAUAAUAGUUAAGUAAAGUACAGAUACCCCAAAAAACAUCUUAAGUAAAAAUAAUUUAAAGUACUACUUAAGUACUGCUGUUUUUACCAUCCCUGUAACUGUCGCUUCUGCCGUAAGAUCGUUUUCUCAACUAAAACUCAUAGAGAACUACCUAAAAAGCAUUAGGCUCUCGGCCUGAUAUGCGUUUUUGAACACCUGAGUACAGUAGUCCGGUCUCGAGAUCACAUAUGUCUCUGUCGGAUACAUUUGUACUCGGUCGGGCAGUGAGGACUCGUCAUUUCUUCCCGAGACCAGGGAAGUAAAAAGACUCAGAAUUAUCAGAUUCCAUUCAGUCAGCGCAUAAAACUAAUUAAUCAGGCCAAAUAUAUACACUCCUUUCUUGAAACAUUAAUACAGCAUCUUAACAGCCUUAUUAUCUAUUAUAGACAUGUUUGCGCAGUGGCGAACCUAUAGGCCUUCCGUGUGUGACAUGUUCGUGAUUAUGAAAGGACAGCAACCGUAAUACCUGCGCACUCUUGUAGGAGAGUGCGCUUUUUAUAAAACACAAAGGGCCAGUGGUGUAGUGGAGGGUAAACGCAAGAAUAAGCCGUAUACCCACUUUCUUUCAGUGGGCAUUGCGUAUAGAUAUACUUACUUCUUAAUCCCUACCGAUGGGUAUUAAAGUCGUGUAGUGGAACUAUACGAUUUAUCAUGAAUGUAGUACAAUAAAGAAAUCAUGCACAAAAGUAACGAUUGUGUAGGCUCCUUUCUGCGUGCUGUACACAGCGGAAUAUCAUCUGCAGGCAGCAAGAGUGCAGGUCUCAACUGGUUUGGGCAUUGAGCAGCUCACAGAAGAAUGAUGUUAACUGGUAGGGUAGGAAAUAAGUUUCAAUUGAUGUUAUCUACCAGUAAAUGCUAACUAAGGUAACAAUUGGUAUGCAAACCAGGUAUUGAUAAAGUUUAGUCCGAAGUGUUGAUUAGUAGGCUAUUUGUGAUGAGUUGUUUGCAUCUGGGGAGUAGACAUGGAUGGGCCUGGGUGAACAGAGGCCCAUCCACUGGAGAGCCAGGCCCUGACAGGCCCACCCUAUCAGAUUGAUGUGGUUUAUGCAUUGUUGUGGACUUAGACCACAUUUUUGUAUUUUUCCAUAAUAAAAAAAAGGGUGAUUUUGA